UCCUAACUCAGUUUUUGUGUUUUAUAUUUGGGGUGUAAAGUGAGGGCGCCCGCGGUCUGAGCGCGCUGACUCCCGCAGAUUGACUGAAGAAAGAUGGACGCGCAGCCGCUCGUCCUCGCGCACAGCCGCACCGGAGCGCGCCAGCCGGUCGCUCUGUGAGAUGGACGAAAAAGCUAAAAACGGCGAGUAAAACACGAGUGUCCGUUUCGCGGUGUUCACGACAGAAGUGGCCACGUUUUCUUCUGUCGCAGUAUUUCCUCGCGGAGCGGCGCACCGCUCGCGCAUCCCUGACUGCCUCUCAUAGCUUUGCGGAUUUCACAAAUAUUACCGGAUUCUCGUGGUUAACGACUAAGCGGCGUGGGCUUUUUAAACGCUGGGAAUCGAAAGACUGCGUUGACAUUAGUUCAUCUUUUCUUAUCACGAAGAAAUAAAGACGGAAACAUGAGUGAACAGAGUAUAUGUCAAGCCCGAGCCUCUGUCAUGGUCUAUGAUGACUCCAGUAAGAAGUGGGUACCCAUUAAAGCCGGUCAGCAGGGCUUCAGUCGAAUCAACAUCUACCACAACACAACCAAUAACACUUUCCGUGUGGUGGGUGUCAAACUUCAAGACCAGCAGGUGGUCAUCAACUAUUCCAUAGUUAAGGGACUCAAGUACAACCAGGCCACGCCCACUUUCCAUCAGUGGCGUGACGCCCGGCAGGUGUACGGACUCAACUUCGCCAGUAAAGAGGAGGCCACCACUUUCUCCAAUGCAAUGCUCUUCGCUCUCAAUGUCCUCAGCAGCCAAGAUGGAGGUCCAGCUGUUCAACGCCAAGUACAGAAUGGACCCAGCACAGACGAUCUGGAGGUGCAGAGAAGACAAAUGGACAUUCAGCAGCAACAGAUGCAGGCGCAUAUUGAGAGAGAAAGGCGCUCAUCCAACUCAGGUUCCCUCUUUCAGGGAGCUCCUGCCGUCCUGUCUGUAGCUCCGCCCUGCACAGUGCCACCUCCUCUGUCUAUGGGCGGACCCUGCCCUCCUCCCCCACCCCCUCCUGGACCUCCCCCUCCCUCCGCAGGAGCUCCUCCACCUCCCUCGUCAGGAGCUCCUCCCCCUCCACCACCUCCUUUACCUGUGGUUGGACACGGAGCGUCUCGGGAGGACGGUCAAGCUGCCACGUGUCUGGCGGCCAUGCUUGCUGGAGCCAAACUGCGGCGUGUGCAAAGGCCCGAGGAAAACUCUGUUUCCUGUGCCAAGAAUGAUGCCAACCGGUCCAGCGGAGGAAGUGGUGGAGGUCUGAUGGAGGAGAUGAACGCUCUGCUCGCACGGAGACGAAAAGCAGUAGAUGAGAGGAAAGAUGGAGACAGUCAGAAUGAUGAUCCAAACUCAUCGUCACCGAUGUCUCGUGGGCAGAACGAUGGUGUAAAGAAGCCGUGGGAUCGUGCCAACUCUUCAGAGAGAUCUUCAUUGGUUUCCAGGGUUCGACCUGUAGGAAGCAUGAAUGAUUCGGACACAUUAGACUUUGACCGAAUGAAGCAGGAGAUCUUAGAAGAAGUGGUUCGUGAACUUCACAAGGUCAAAGAUGAAAUCAUUGUGGCCAUUAGACAUGAACUCAGUAGAAUUAGCACAACAUAAUGUCCAUUCCUGUAUACGUCAUCUUUUCUGGACCCAAACCCAUGGCAGAAUCUGCUGUAGCUGAUGAAAGUCCAUCAACGUUACUGCCAUAUUAAAGCAGACGAGGGAGUUUUGCUCUAACAUGACUGAAACGUUGUGAUUGCCCUGAACUUUGAUGUAUUAUAUGGGCUGAACUCUUGCACUGAUGUUUUAAAUUGAUCUUUGAUGACCGUCUUUACAAAGUCUUUUACAGAAACUGGAAAAAAAUGGAAGCAGCAUCUUGUUUUUAUCAGAUUAUUUCUUUUUUAUUUGUAUGAUUAUUAUUUAUUUGUAUGAUUAUUGUAGUAGUUGGAGCAGUGUUUUCAUGUAGGUAGUGCUAGAACAAGUGAUUAAAAAAUAAUUAUAAUAAUUAUAAUAAUGUAAAUCUAUUAUUGCACAUAAUUUCAGAAUUGUAUAUUUUUCAUUUUCAUUUUCUUUUGCUUGUAUUGCAAAUUUAUUUUAAGUUUAUUUUUACAAUUAUUUGACAAUUUUCUUUAAAAAAAGUUCUUAAUCUUUUUGGCCAUAAAGUGUGUAUUUAAUCAGUGAAGGAGAGUUUUCUAAAUCAGUUUGAACAGGAAAAGAAGUCUAAAACAUCACUACACACCACAGUAUUUGUGAUCAUGUUGUUAAUCAAAUGUUUAUUGACUGCAAAGACUUGUUACGUAUUGUUCAGUUUUAUGAUUUUUGACCAAGUGCUUCCUGGUUUGGAAAAUAACAUAACAUUUAAAAUAAGAAUUGAAAUAAAACUGUGAAAGAUCUCUUGGACAAA